AUUCACCGAUCUCUCCACCGUCUCUUCUGAGUCUUCUCUUCCCCCACGAAGCUCUACCUCAGAUCAGGAUGAACAAGAAGAGCGCCAAGAGGACCAGGGUGCCGCCGGCGCCCGCGUCGUGGUCUUCGCCAAGCAAAAAUCCUUCAACGGGGAGGAAAGGCGAUGACGACGAAGAGGUGGUGGAGAAGAACAUCUGGAUGGACCCGGAUGCUCAAUCCGUCGACUGCGGCAUUUGUUUUAUGCCGUAUGAGUCUGAGGUUUUUAUGUGUAGCAAUGGUCAUGCCGCCUGCGGUAAGUGUUGUCUCCGUAUUAAUCGAAAAUGUUGGUGCUGCGACCAAUCGAUUGGCGACAUCCGCUGCCGCCCGGUGGAGAACAUACUCGCCGAGAUGAACACGGUCUGCAAGUUCAGCAAGUACGGCUGCGCGGAGGUCGUCAAGUACGUCGAGAAGCGGCGGCACGAGGAGACCUGCCCUCGCGCGCCGUACGGCUGCCCCAUCGACGCCUGCAGCUACGUCGGCCUGGACCUGCACGCCCACCUCCUGGACGACCACGACGACACAGUCAAUUUCCUCCGGGCCACGAGGGUGACGCUCCGCAAGGGCGACCCGUUCCGCGUUCUGGUGCAGAAGCGCAACCCCGACGCCACCGGCCUGGGGAGCGUGUUCCUGCUCCUCAAUGGCGGCGGCGUCCUGGCGGGCCGCUCCCUCUCCCUGGUCUGCCUCGGGCCGCGCCCCGAGGGGAACGGGGAGAUAAGCUACAAGAUGGAGGUGCGCGGCUGCCAGCCGGGCGAGCUCUCGCUGGCGGCGACGGCGCCGUGCAUCCGCGAGCUGGAGGGGUUCGAGGCCAAGAAGUUCCUCUUCGUGCCAGACGCCGACUGGGGGCCGUUCGGCAGCGUCGCCGUCAGCAUCCGCAUCGGUUGACGAGGUCUCAGCUGUUCGUCCAGGCGUUCUUGCAACUGUUUCGUGCUUAGUUUAUCAUCAGGUUUCUUAGUAGUUGUUCAACGUUGGUGCUCAUGAUCUCUUCCUGAGCGUGGUCCUAAUUAUCAAGCAUGCUUUUGUUGCACUAGAUGCCUGCUGUCUAUGCUAAUGUUCAAGAAGCUUUUGUAAAGAACUGGCCAACUAGGCAGGGUAGUAUUGCUAGUAGUACUGUAGUAGCUAGGAGUAAGUUUGCAGUUGCUUUGGCUGAUCAGCAACUGGUCUUGGUGCUUAUCUUUGCCAAACCGCAAGCAGUGCUUGUUUGAAGCUCCUGAGCUUGGUGUUUUCAGUAAUGGGGAACUGAUGAAAGCCACGGUGGUCCUGUAUUUUGCAUGCGCA